AUGCACUAUAUUCGAUUUUGUCGACCACCUGUGUUGGAGCAGGGGAGGUCAGGGCUUAAAACACUGAAGCUUGUUCUCACCAUCACAACCGACCUGAGCGACAAAUUCCUUUGUCCUCAUGAGCCAAUCCAGCUUUCCAUUAUCGGAGCCGGCGCUCCAGCAAAUCCACAAAAUGGUCCGGUGCCCAUCAACCUGACGCCAAAGAACCCUCCAACCUGGAGGGCCGGUAUGCGUGUCUUGAAGGUCGAUGUUCAACUCCCACCACAGCCAAUCGAGACGGUCCAAGUCAGGCCAACCAACCGACAAUUGGCGGCUCUCAUCACCGACGACAUCAGUUCUGGCACUGGAGCCGGCUUGAUUCUUCCUGUCUUUGCGGAUCUCGCACCUGGUCCGACUAGCCACAUUUGCUUCCGGAGCUUGCGCUUGCCUGGCGGGACUGCGACACUUCAGGUGGAGGAGGAGAUGGGUGAGAGCAUGGCCCGUCAUGUAUGGGAUGGCGGCCUCACCACCGCCUCCUUUGUUGCCAGCAUGGUCCUUGGUCAAACGGCUGCCAACAGCAGCAGUACCACGGUGUCGUUGCCCAUUUUGGCAAACAUUCUGCAGCAAAACGACGGACCACUGAACAUCAUGGAGUUAGGCUGCGGUGUGGGCAUCUUGGGCCUUGGUGUUGCGCGCAUCUUGGGCGUUUCAUCGCAAGCAACGGCAGAGAAAUCGACCCUUCUCAUGACCGAUCUCCCCGACGCGGAAGAGCGGACGCUGGCCAACAUUGUCCGCUCGGCAGACCAGACGGCCUGCACCGUGAUGUACGAAAACUUGGACUGGAAUGACGGAAAGGAUGGGAUAUUUGGGCCCGAGGUGACGUCGCGGGCGUGGGACCUGGUGAUUCUCAGCGACUGCACGUAUAAUGACCUGCUGCCCGAGCUGGUCAAGACUCUUUCCGCUGUCCAUGCUCAUUCUGCUCAGCAUUCCGACCCUUCCAACACCAAGAUCUUGCUUUCCACAAAGCCGAGGCAUUCUGACGAGAAGGUGUUCUUUGACCUCAUGUCAGAAGAUGGAUGGUCGAUACAGGAGGAGGUCAAGCUGCCGCUCCCUGUGCUGAAUGACGAGGCGCAGACUGUGGAGGUCUACUUGUUUUCGAAGAGCUAA